CCAGGAGCGGAUCUGCCAGGACCUGACGGUUUUCCUGGACAAACUGGGAAUUCCGCAGGCGGUGCUGGUGGGACACGACUGGGGCGGCGCCGUGGUUUGGAACAUGGCCCUGUUCCACCCCCACAGGGUCAGGGCCGUGGCCUCGCUGAACACCCCGUACCGCCCGGCCGACCCCGCCGUGGAUAUCCUGGAGAAGAUGAAGGAACAUCCCGCCCUGGAAUACCAGUUCUACUUCCAGGAGCCAGGAGUGGCGGAGGCGGAGCUGGAGAAGGACAUCGGCCGCACCCUCAAGGCCCUGAUCCGAUCGACGCACCCGGAGGAUCGUCUCCCCCUCGGCCUCACCUUGCAGGGGAUCCUGGAGCGAGGUCGGCCGGGAUUUGGGAUGGGGGAGCCGGGGGGGGUUAUGGA